CGAGCGGAGCGCCGGGGAGGGGCCCGCGGACGCGCGGACGGGCGGCCGCUCAGCUCGCGCCUCAGAGGCUCGCGGGCUGCGCGCGGGCUAUGUGGGGGCCCGGGGUCGCGGCCGACGGUCUGUGGCUGGCGCCGGCGCCGCCGCCCGUGCUGCCGCUGCUGCUGGCGCUGGCGCUUGCGCUGGUGGCGCCCUCGCGGGGCGGCGGGGGCUGCGCGGAGCUGGCGUGCGGCGAGCGGGAGGGCUGCUGCGACUCGGCCAACGCCACGGCGAUGCGCUGCUGCAAGCUGCCGCUGCACGCCUUCCUGGACAACGUGGGCUGGUUCGUCCGCAAGCUCUCGGGGCUGCUCAUCCUGCUGGUGCUCUUCGCCAUCGGCUACUUCCUGCAGCGCAUCAUCUGCCCCAACCCACGCAGGUACCCGCGCGGUCAGGGGCGACCCGGACAGCCACGACCCUCGCCUCCCGGAGGCUCUGGGGCGCCAGCAGGCGCGGGACCGCCCGACGACGACGACGAGGACGACUCGCCCGCCCUGCUGCCCGACGAGGCGGCCGCCGGCUCGCAGGACUCACUGCUGGACAGUGGCGGCGGGAGACGCCUGGCUCCCGCCUGCGCCUCGGAGCACGAGCUGCGUGUGGUGUCGCCGGUCUUCCUGCAGCUGCCCAGCUACGAGGAGGUCAAGUACCUGCCCACCUAUGAGGAGUCCAUGCGGCUGCAGCAGCUCAGUCCCGGAGAGGUCGUCCUGCCGGUGUCGGUGCUCGGCCGCCCGAGAGGAAGCGGCGCCGGGGACCCCGACGCCAGUCAAGGCCGCUUCCCGCUCAUCUGAGCGCCCGGGGGUUCUCGGGGACCGCGCGGACGGUGCGAGACGGGGCUGCCGGAGGCAGGGAAACGCUGGACACACGCGGCUGGGGCAGCAGCAGCGAAUGAGCCCGCACCGCCAACUUCGAAGGCCUUCUCUGCCCUUUGCCUUGCCAUCUCCUGUGUUCUUUCGUAAGUGCCUGCUUCCCCGAACCAAGAGGAC